AUGACUGGACUGUAUGGGUACUCUGCUCCAGACAUGCAUAGCCUGCGACUCAUAGUGAAGGCAAUUCAGCUGCUUUGCUGUCUCCUGCUGUGUCGUGUGGACGCCAUUUCACCCGGAGAGUCAGCAAGUCCCUCUGCGAUGUCCCCUCCCUUGGCGUGGGGAUACCAGUCGCCCUCCUCAGACCCCUUGUCCUGCCAGGUCCUGCUCCCGAAGUCCCUGCCUGGCUUCACUCACAUGCCCCCUCUCCCCAAGUUCCUGGUAGGCCUGGCUCUGAGGAAUGCUCUGGAGGAAGCCGGCUGCCAGGCUGAUGUCCGGGCUCUGCAGCUUCAGCUUUACCGCCUGGGAGGCGUGGAGGCUACACAGGCCCUCAUCCGCCACCUCCAAGAGCUCCAGAAAGGUGGACACCGGGACCGGCAAGUGUCAGCGGACGCCCUGUCCUCCGCUUUGCAGCUCUUAGCCUGGGAGCAGCCAGGUCCAAAGAGGGUCCCACGCUCGCUUCCUAACGCGGUCUGUGACAACGAGCAGGAGCAGAGUGUGCACAAUGUGGUUGGGCUGCUGCCGGCAGUGGGGACCUACUACAAUCUCGGCACAGCACUGUACUAUGCCAUCCAGAACUGCUCUGACAAGGCCAGGGAGCGAGGCCAAGACGGGGCCAUAGAUCUGGGUUAUGACCUUUUGAUGGUCAUGCUGGGUGCGUCAGGGGGGCCAGGUGGUGUGGUGAUCAGUGCUGCUCUUAAGCCAGCAUUGAAGGCUGGGGUUCAGCAGCUGAUCCGAUAUUAUUACGAUGAGAAAGAGGCGAGCACCCCCCAGCCAGAGAUCACGAAGGACGGCAGUGACUUCGAAGAAACAACCAUGACUGCUUUGGUGUCAGAAGAUGAAAGUACAUCUUCCUACUGGGACCAAACCUUGGUCAAGGACUACAGUAUCUGGGCAUACAAGAGGUAGUAACUGAGCAACAAAUAAAUGGAAAAUUCUGGCAAGAGCAGGAGCAUAGUUGGGUGGAUGGAUGGGUUUGGGCUAUUGUCAUCACUUGCCAGUCAUUUCUUUCUUGAAAUUCAGUUUUUAUGUUUCCAAUGAGGGAGUAGUGAGUUUUCAUUUGAACAGUGGUUAUGGAAAUUAAAAACUGAUAACACGAA